CUGAUUGGCUGAACAUCGGUGUAUUAACACAUCAUUAACAUGUAUAAGAUGUGUGGCCUAUUUUCUCAGAAGACUGUGUUGAAAGAUGUUUGUGUUUUAUGACUGUAAGUGUUGAUCAAUGCUGUAUUAUAGAUGUAUUUUCUGCUGAUGUCGGUCAGAAUGGCUCCUCGUCUUCCUCUGAUCUUUCUGCUCAUGAUUCACGGUGUAUCUAGUGCUGGUUUGUCUGUGAGAUACAGUCCUUCACACAUCUGUGCUCUAAAACACUCAUCAGUGAUAAUGAGAUGCACUUAUACAUACCCUCCUGAACAUCAGAUCAAGAAAGUGUUCUGGACCAAAAACCCUGUAAAGGAUGAAGAACCUCCAGAUCUGUCUGAGGACCCUGAAUACAGUCAGAGGCUUCAGUAUCUGGGAGAUAAACAGAAGAACUGCACCAUGAGACUGAGUCAUGUGACACAGAAAGAUGAACACAAGUACUAUUUCAGAUUCAUCACUGAUAAGGAUAAAUGGACUGGUGAACCAGGAGUGACUCUUACUGUGACAGAUCUUCAGGUGGAGUCUCCUGAGAGAGUGAGAGGAGAUUCAGUCCGUCUGACAUAAAGCAGCUGCGCUCUGACUGACAGAGCAACAUUCAUCUGGUACAGAAACUCACAGCCAUUAACUGAGAGAAGAGACAGAAACAAUAUACUCCUGCUGCAGUCAGUCAGAAGAGAGGAUGCAGGCAGAUAUAGCUGUGCUCUACAGGAACACACUUACAUCUCUCCUGAGGUUCAUCUCAAUGUCGUGUACCCACCCAGGAACGUCUCAGUGUUCAUGAAUGGAUCUGGUGAAAUAGUGGAGGGAGAUUCAGUGACUCUGAUCUGCAGCAGUGAUUCAAACCCACCUGCUCUGAACUUCUUCUGGUUUAAGGAGAAUCAAAGCUCAUCUGUUGGAUCUGGACAGAGUUUCAGUGCACUACAGAGUGGACGCUUCUACUGUGAGGCUCACAAUCAACACGGAUCUCAGAGAUCAGACGCUGUUUCUGUCACAGUUCAUCCUGGUGCCGGUAAGAAUGUGAUUGUGAUCACAGCAGCAUCUGGAGGAGGAUUAUUCAUCAUCAUCAUCAUCGUCAUCAUCAUCCUGUUUAUAAUGUGA